UUAUUUGCCAAUCUAGUUUCACUGAGUGAUGCAAUGAGCCCUGCCCUGGUUUCCAGCCGGAUUCUAACUAUAGGUUAAAAGCCUUUCUCUCUUUUGAAAUUAUGGGGCAAUAUGAAGGACCUGAGCACACUUGGGAACAUCAACAUGCUGUUCUAAGGAUUCCUGCUAUCCUGGUGCUAGCUAAUAAACAUCCACAGAAGAGAGUUUUCACCCUCACAUUUACAAGGAAGAGCCAGGACAAUUACUAACUGUUAGAUAAAGAAAACCUUUGCAGUCAUGAAUGGAGCUUUGUAACACGAAACUUAGUGGAAUUAUCUGCACCCCAGAGCUCUGUGAAGGAGUUUUCAAAAUGGUCUCUCACUCUGUAAACAUGACACAAAUUAGGGCUGAUGGGGUACUGCCCCACUGGAACCAAUCAUCUGACUGCAGACUGAAUGGUCAAGCUGGACCACAUCUGAAAAGCACAAAGGCAUUGGUGACAGGAGGUGGAGGCUACUUUGGAUAUAACCUGGGGUGUGCUCUCACCAAAUUAGGAAUCACCGUUGUUCUUUUUGAUAUACAAAAGCCUAAAUGGGAAGUUCCUAAUGGAGCCAUGUAUUUCCAGGGUGAUGUGAGGGAUUGUAAAGCAGUAUUCAAGGCUUGUGAAGGGGUUGACUGUGUUUUUCAUGUGGCUUCGUAUGGAAUGUCAGGUCUGGAACAACUACAAAGGAAAGAAAAGAUUGAAUCCAUAAAUGUCAAUGGAACAAAAGUAGUCAUUGAUGUUUGCAAACAAAGAAAUAUCCCAAGGCUGAUAUAUACUAGUACGGUGAACGUGGUGUUUGGAGGGAAUCCCAUUGAAGAAGGAGAUGAGGAAACUGUACCAUAUUUUCCACUAGAAAAGCAGGUUAAUCCUUAUUCUAGAACCAAAGCAAUGGCAGACCAAAUGAUCCUUGCAGCUAAUGGAACCCCACUAAAAGGAGGCAAUGAGCUCCAUACGUGUGUUCUUCGCCCACCAGGCAUCUAUGGACCAGAAGAGCAAAAACACCUGCCACGAGUAUUAAAGAAUAUCGAAAGGGGGCUAUUUAACUUCAAAUUUGGAAAUUCCACAACUCAGAUGAACUGGGUUCAUGUAGCAAAUCUUGUACAAGCUCAUCUCUUAGCUGCUGAAGCUCUCACCCCUGAGAAGGGUUAUAUAGCGAGUGGUCAGGCGUAUUACAUACAUGAUGGCGAGAAAGUCGUCUUUUCUGAAUGGAUAAUUCCGUUAGUAUGUACUAUACACUGUAUGGGACUUGAGCAUAUAACUAAUCUAGCAAGAACGUAUCAGCUAAAUGAAGCCAAUACCACAUUUGAAAAAUUAGGUUACAGCGAGCCAUGGAUAUGUAUUCCUGCUUUCCUCAUUUAUAUAGCAGCCACAGUGAUGGAAUGCCUGCACCUGGCAUUGAAACCAGUUUUUAACUUUACACCUUUCCUGACCAGAAAUGAGGUGUGGAACAUCACUGUAACUCACACAUUCCGAAUAGACAAGGUUGUAGCUACAAUAUUUUUUUUAAAUAUAAUAAAGUCGCAAGGCCACAAGAGACCACCAUUGACAAAUGCAGGAACCAGAGCUGCUGUUUCUAUUUGCUUGAUCUCAAAAGAACUUCUUCUGAAAAUGCAACAUAGUCCUGUGGCAACUUAUAGACUAACAGACGCAUGCGUCUGAUGAAAUCCAGACUAAGACGGCUACCCCUCUGAUACUUCUGAAAAUGGUUGCUCAAGUGCAGAAGAAACUGGAGGAGGAGUAGCAGCUAUAGUAUGUCUGCAGUGCUUUAUAAACAAAAGCAAGUAGCUAUAAUAAGGAAAGUAUUGACCAGACAACCCUUCUGACAGACCAACGGCCACAGCCACUGCAUAUUACUGUGAGGAAUAGUGAGGAACCAGGAAAUAGAACAAAGAAGAAAAAUUAAUUCAUAUACAUAACGGGCAGUGAUUGCACAGAAAAAAUUACACAUACUGUAAUUUCUUUCCUGAAGUAGCUGUAUUCUGAAACUGCAC